AUGAGAAACCACACAAUGGUGACAACAUUCGUUCUUGUAGGACUAACAGAUGACCCAAAAUGGCAAUUUGUGAUAUUCUUCUUCCUAUUUCUAACAUAUCUGCUCAGUGUCACUGGAAAUCUGACCAUUCUCCUGCUCACUCUGCUGGAUUCCCAUCUCAAAACACCCAUGUAUUUCUUCCUUAGGAAUUUUUCAUUUUUAGAAAUGUCAUUUACAUCUGUUUGCAUCCCUCGAUACCUUGUCAGCAUAGGGACUAUGGAUAGAAUGAUAUCCUAUGAUGCUUGUGCGACACAAUUAUUUUUUGUCAUCUUCUUGGGUGCAUCAGAGUUUUUCCUCUUGGCUGUCAUGUCCUAUGACCGAUAUGUGGCCAUUUACAAACCUCUACAUUACACAGCCAUUAUGAAUAGCAGAGUCUGCACCCAACUUCUUGUUGCUUCCUGGAUGGCUGGAUUGUUAACAAUCUCUCCUGUACUCAUUAUGGGCCUACAGUUAGAAUUCUGCAAUGCCAAUAUUAUUGACCACUUUUUGUGUGAUUAUUCUCCGAUCCUAAAACUCUCUUGUACAGACACACAGGUCAUAGAAUUGUUAAGUUUUACCUUAGCCAUUGUCAUACUGAUGAUCACACUGGCUCUGGUGGUGCUCUCCUAUGCAUCUAUCGUAAGAACAAUUCUCAAGAUCCCUUCUGCCCAGCAGAGGAAGAAGGCUUUUUCUACCUGUUUCUCCCACAUGAUUGUUGUCUCUAUCUCUUAUGGCAGCUGCAUUUUUAUGUAUAUAAAACCUUCUGCAGAAGAAAGAGUAGCUUUAAACAAGGGAAUAGCAAUACUCAACACUUCAAUUGCACCGGUCUUAAAUCCUUUUAUAUAUACCCUAAGAAAUAAACAAGUGAAACAAGUCUUGAAGAACAUAAUUAAAAAAUAUACUUUCUCUUCCUUCAAAUAA